AUGCCUUGUGAAUGCGCUUUAUAAAUAAAAUUGGAUUGGAUUGGAUAUUGCACACAGUUCUAAAAUGUGCACGGACUCCAUUCUGCCAGAUAUGUUUGCCGGAAGUUGCUAUAACAAAUACAGGCUAUUUACCAUCAGACACCCAAAUCUUGCAGUAGCUAUUUCUUACACUCAUUUCUUAAUUUUAUACUUUGUUUUUGCACUGCCAGUGGGAAGAACGUCCUUUAACCUUGCUUUCAUCUGAGCCCAGUGUUGCUGUGCAGCAACCAAACUGUGAUUCGCCUGCAGAUGGCCAGGUAUACACCUGCGUUGCCCCGUAGUCUGUGAAAAUGCUCAAGGAGAAUGGAGCCCCUUGUCUUCAUUAAAGCAUUUGCAUAGCGUAAAAGUUUCCAUAAUCUUAACAAAAUAUCCUGUGCUGCAGUCGAGGAUGUGUAUCCAUGCACACGAAGUGAAAACAAAUGUGUGACAAACAGUCCUCAGCCCCGGUCUCUGAGGGCUGAGGCUGAGCUCUGCUGCUAAACGUAAUUAGAUCUUGUUUUCUCUCGGCUCAUCUGUAUGUCUCUGUAGCAGCCGCCCUCUGUUCUCAGUGCCUCUUAGACAGGAACUCAUGCUAACUGGGCAAGUCUGCAGAAACGGAGAUUAGGAGUGUGUGGACAAGAAAAAGAGUUAAGGAGCCUAGAUUGAACACAGCUCCUGAUUUAAUCCAGUCCAGCAGUCGGUAUCAACCUCUAGGCUGCUGCUAGUGGUCAAAGCAUGUCUGAGAAGAUCGAGCUGCCCUUCCGGCUGGACACCCAGCUGACUGAGGUGAUGCGCCUGCGGGUUCAGUCUCUGCAGCAGAGAAGCCAGAAACGUCAGGAAGGCGAGCGUCUGCUGCGGGCCAACGAGGCCGUGUACAGGUUGGACUUCUCCAAGCAAUCCCUCCGAUUCUCACACUGGACAGUUCAACUGGCACAGCCAGGUCGCCUCACCAUCAUGGCCACCUCGCAGCUCUGGACGCCAGACCUCACCAAUCUGAUGACACGCCAGCUGCUGGAGCCCGCCGGAGUCUUCUGGAGAGCCCCCACCUCUGACGCACCGAUGCAGUGCUACGAGGCUGACGCGGCAGAAUUUGGUGAGAGGAUAGCGGAGCUGGCCAAGGUAAGGAAGGUGAUGUACUUCCUUUUUGCUUUUGGAGACGGCUGCAGCCCCGAGACGGUCGACUGCUCCAUCACCUUUUUAGCCGACAAAUAAAAGAACGAAGACGUGAAACUUUUCUUUGAAUGCUUUUGUGCUUUUACCUGAGGAAGCAUAAUUAUAGGCAACUCCAAUAUUACCACACAAAUACUUUAAAGUAAGC